GAUCAAAGCAGGAGAUUAAGAGGGACAGCGGCAGAAACGGGGUGAGGCUGCUUGUAGCAUCCUGGAAAGCACAAUGGCACGUCAGACCGUGCCAGCACCCCGGCAGCUAUUCAUUCCUCUCCGAUGCAGGUAUUAGUCAACAAUAACUUCAUUUCAGAAGAGCCAUUAAAGAUAAUAAGUAGAAAAAAAUUCCCAUCUUGACAGAAGAAGAGAAUGAUAAGUUCAUAACUGAAAAAGAAGAACAUUGUGGUUGAAACCAUCAUUCAAACAAAUGGAAAAGAAAUAAAGCACUCUGGUUAAAGAUGAAUUACAGAACACCCACUGUAAGCAAUCUGUACCUCAGUGGCACUACCAGGCCUGAGACAGACCAUGGGACAACUGUUGAUGAGACUGGAUCAGAAACUGUUGCAAUGACACCUGAACCCAGCAGCUUUAUCAGCACCAAAAUUCCAGAUGUGGUCAGCAAUGGCCCAGUCAUGGAGACCAUGCUGUUGUCCUUUGGCAUCAUUACUGUUAUCGGGUUGGCAGUAGCAGUGGUUUUGUAUAUUCGGAAGAGGAAACGACUGGAAAAGUUACGACACCAGCUCAUGCCCAUGUACAAUUUUGAUCCUGCAGAAGAACAAGAUGAGCUAGAGCAAGAACUGCUGGAGCAUGGCAGAGACGCUGCUUCUGUUCAGGCUGCCCAAAGCAAGGCAAAUCAAGGUGUUCUCCAGAGACCCAGUCGUCUUGUGUUCACAGAUGUUGCGAAUGCCAUCAGUGCAUGAAGAAUACAGGAAGAUGACACCAGCCAGUUAGCAAGCUACUGUGGGUAGUGAUUAUCAAUUCUCGUUGGGGGAAAGAGCGCACGAACCAAGACUGCCAGUGCUCCUUUGCCAAGAAACUGCCCAAUGCUGCAGAGUUUGAUUGGCAAUGUUGCAGGUACCAAGUAAUGUAUGAUAGAAGAUGAGAGGUUAUUUAUAGAUACAAUGAUUGGAACGAAUAUAGUAACAGGCUUUGGAAAUAAUAGCAUCAAUUCCUAAGGCCUUCCUUCCCUGAGAUAUUGACAAAGAUAUCUAGACUAGAGUUUGAGACUGCAGAUUCAGCUAGGGCCAUACUAUGCAGUAGACCCAAAAUAUGAUCCUGUUGGUUUAACUCCUAGGAACCUGGAAUGUAUGAAGUUGUCAACAUAUAUUGGUGUCAUCCCAUCUCAUUUUCUCUGGUGCAGUAAAAGCUGCCCUUCAGUAUAAUCGUAAGAGUUAGCUGUUGUCUUUCCAUUAGAUUUCUACAAUGUAAGGUGUUCUACUAGCUGGUUUUUGAGGAGGGAUAACCUGGAAUGAAGGUACUGCUAAUAGUAACCUCUGUGUCUUAACAGAGGAGGGAAACCUCACAGGGCAUAAUGAUCACCUCUUCUAACACUAAUUCUUAUUAUAGGGGAAGAAUCUUAGAAAUAAGAACAAUGAAGCUAACUUGUAAAUCCUGAGAUGAUUCACUCCAGUCAGUAUUGGCUGAAAUGAAUUUUUUUUAAAAAGAAAGAAAAAUGAAGUUGUAUUUGGAAAAAUAGUGUUAUAUAUGCAUGUUCUUGCAUAUAUUAAAUAAUCAGAAAUCCCCACAUUUCCAUAUUGAAUGGGCUAAUAACUCAUUUGAACUCCAUGGGAAAGUCUCAACACUUUUUAACCUUGAAAAUAAGAGCAGUUCUAAAUGGAGAUAAUGCACUUAUUUUACAAUUUAAGGGGAAAAUGCAUCUGCCUACCUAGCUUAUUUGUUUAUUCCAUCCCUAUGGCUAAGACCAUUUUGCUUAUCCCAUUGGCAGCUGGGUAGAGUGCCGAGUUACUUAUUUAUUAAGCUAAUUUAUUUUCUUCCAGUCACUAAAAAUGAAUAUUUAUUUAUUUACUUUAUUUAUUUCAGUUCAGUAGCUGCCCAGCUCAACAAGGGACUCUGGGCAGUGUACCAUUUACAAGAGAUUUGGGCACAGAAUUUGGAUUUUGUUUUGUUCCAGUUUGGAAAUGAGAGGCAGGGGGAUUUGGGAAUUGGGUGCAAGGAAGAAAGGACAGCAAACGAUAAUUGCACAGAUGCCAAGAGGCCUGUGCUAAGCAAAGGCCCUUGUUAAAGAAAAGCUUUGCAUUUUUAAAAAUGGAUUAGUGAAAACAAUUGGGAACAAGUUUUAUUUACAUUUAUCUACCCCCCCCCCCCCGCCCCGUGAUGGCACAGAUCCUCAGGAACCUGCAAGAGCAGCCAGUAUCUGUGUUAUACUUUGUCUUGUGGCAUGGUGGCGACUCUGUCUGUUUCUGGAGCUGCCACUUAUAUUUACGUUUACAUUGGAUUUCUAUCCUGUCUUUCUAUUGCUUUGUCCAGGAAGGCAAACAAAAGAGCCAUUACAAUAAAGGGCUAAAACAAAUCAAUAAAAAGAAAGGGAGAAAAAAAAAAUCUGGGACACAAAAGAAAUCACUGUAGAGAAAAUAAUUCCUGAUGAAAAAUUGGAACGCUGGGUGAACAGUUACAGCCUAAUUAUGUGUUCUGUGUACAAAAAAAACCCCAAACAAAAUUUCAAUUCUAGCAAGUCAACUUCCCCUCCUGUUAACCAUCCCUGCUGUGAAAACUAAUGUUAAAUAUCUAUGCAUGUUUAUCUAUUGUAGUUUCAGUGCAACGGAGAUGGGGGAAGGAGAGCUCAUUCCCCCUCUCCCUCUUGCAAAGAAUCGGAUCACGGAUGUUGCUUCAGAGUGUCUUGUCUUUCAGAGCCUGGGCAGGGGUUAUAUGCGUGACAUAAAUCCAUUUGCUUUGGCAGUCGCUAAAAGAAACCACCUGGUGAAGAAUCAGUAAG